UGAGAACUGAGAAGAGAUCUCCAGUGCGAUCGGCAGCAGUAACGAGCAACCAGAACGAAGAACAACACUUUGAAACUUGGGUGGGGGUGACAUGAACAAUGGAGAGAUUGAUUGAGCUGAAUCAACGUCAGGAACGUGGAGAAGUAUUUGUUUGAUUAUCAAGAGAAAUAUGAUAUCAUCUUAUCACGUGGUGAAUUAGGAUCAGUUUUCGGUACCUCUGGAUGCAAAUUUUGAUUUGGUUUUGACUACUUGUGGCCUUGAUGAUUCCUUAUUAUACCUCUUUUAUCAUUGAUGUUUGUUUCAUAAUCACCAUUACGGAAUCCCUUUCCACAUCCUGAAAGCAGGAAGAAGGAAGAAACCUUCCUUUUAUGUUUCUCACCUCCAUGGACGCACCUACUGGCUUUAUCUCUCUUCCUAGUACUCCUUGAUUGCCUUGUUUUUGUCUUCUUAAUUUUUCGAAUUUGACUCUGGAUUUCAGGUUUUGUGAGGUUUACUUGAGCUCCUAUGUUGUUUGAUUUCAGGUUUUUGAAGGUCGAUUUGAGCCCUAACAGGGUUUUGAUUUAUCGAUUUGCAGCAUCUUUCGAACUAGUUGUCUGUCGAUCUUAUAGGAAACUGGGAUAAAUUCAAGAAGAGACAGAACAGAGAGGAUAAAAAGGAAAGAGGUCGAGCAGUUCAAAAGAGCAUCUAGUAACUUUGUUAUUCUCGUGAAAAGACACUAUUCUUUUCGUUUCUUUCUAUCUCUAGGCAUACUGACGUGAACCAGAAGAUUCAACAUGGGGAAAACAUGAAUGGAGCAAGAAAGAAUUGGGAAAGGGGAAAUUGUUAUCUGAGCUACGAGAUGAUUUCCCUUUCUCUUCCAUUUUGAACUCGCUCAACAAAUAAUGGCUGAUGAUUUAUGCUUUUUCAUUAAGGAUAUGCUUAUCAUUAGAGCUCCAGUAAAAAACUACUUGGUGUUGAGAAUAUGUUUAGUGGCAUUUGUUAUGGUAUGUGGGGUUUUCAUGUGUUCAAUUGGUCUAAAACAAAUUAGCAACUUCACCAAGGCCGGUUACAUUGAUACGAAAAUGGUUGCGCGGCCUUGCGAGAUGCCCAACAUUGAAAAAUGGGAAAGGUCUUAUGUGCAUUUCCCCAAACCUGCAACUUUUAAUCGGGCCGAGUGUGCAUGCAAUCCUGUUCGAUACUUUGUUAUCUCUUCAACACAGAGAUCUGGAAGUGGAUGGUUUGAGACAUUAUUAAAUAGUCAUACAAAUGUAAGCUCCAAUGGAGAGAUAUUCUCAGUUAAACCACGGAGAAGCAACAUGUCAACAAUUGUGGAUACUUUAGACAAAAUUUAUGAUCUUGAUUGGUUGACAAGUGCAUCCAAGAACGAGUGCACAGCUGCAGUGGGCUUGAAGUGGAUGCUUAAUCAGGGUUUUCUGCAGAAUCAUGAAGCAAUAACAGAAUACUUUAAAACUAAGGGAGUUUCAGUUAUCUUUCUUUUUAGAAGAAAUCUUCUUCGUAGAAGAAUCUCGAUACUUGCAAAUGCUUAUGACCAAAGUGCUAAGCCACUAAACGGGAAACACAAAUCCCAUGUGCAUUCCCCCGAUGAGGCUAAAAUUCUAGCAAGUUACAGGCCCUCAAUCAAUACAACAUUGCUGAUACCCGAGCUGAAACAAGCCGACAACAUGGUUAAACAAGCACUGGAUUACUUCAAUAGCACUCGACAUAUUAUCCUCUACUACGAGGACAUAAUCAAGAAUCGCAGCGUAUUGAACGACGUUCAAGAUUUUCUUAGGAUCCCACGAAUGAAGCUAAAGAGCCGGCAGGUGAAGAUACACAAAGGCCCUUUGCACGAGCAGGUUGAAAACUGGAGCGAUAUCCAAAAGGUACUAAAUGGAACCCCUUACGAAAGCUUCCUGCAUGAAGAUUAUCGAGUUAGUUAAAUGCUGCUUCUAAUUGUGUAUAUGUUGUUUUAACUAACUCAUUCUUUAUUUAUUUCCUUCGUUUUGUUCGCCGAAAUUUUUGAUCCGCUGCUUUCCACUUUAGCAUCUUAAUCUCAAUCUAAUUUAAAUCUUGUCUGGAUUUGUGUUUACUUUUGUAGACUAAUACUGAUAUAAUUGAGAAACUAGUUCCUAGGUUGAA